AAGGCUGAAAACAAGCUUCUGCUUAAGUGUUUACACUUGAAUUGUUCAAGUGUGUUAACCAAGUUUCUCAAUAAACAGUUUAUAUCUUUAUUUGAAACAGUUUGGCUCCUUCUCAGAUACUUCAAUGUGAUUCAGUUAAGCACCGGAUCCACGGUAAAGAUCAAGACCAUUUCCUUUUGGUCAAAAAGGAAAGCAAAUGGAAAUGGAAAAACGAACGAAACUCACUUGCAAUUUAGCCUCUCACUGAUACAGUUAACCCUUUUUCCCGCAUUCAUUUUUUCGAAAAUUGAUUCAUUUUCCAAUCAUGAAAUUACCAAAUCUCUUGUACCAAAUGGACUUGAAAUAGCUGAAUCUCUGUGUUUUUCCGAUAAAAUCAAUUUUUCCAUUCAAUAGUUACAUUCAGCUGAAAAGGAUGAUUUUUUUAUUGUUGAUCAAUAAAUUUUCAUCAACCAAAUGUUCAAGUUUAUUGUUUUUCAUUGUCAUCAGUUUGAACCUUUUCUCCGGAUUAAAGUGCCAACAGCAGCCUUUUGGCGAUGGACAGUUUAUGGCUAAUCGUUUACGCAACUCGAUUUGGAGUCCAGCCGAGAUUGUACCAAAUCUUUACAACAACCAACAAGCUCCUUACAUCAAUGAAACUCCAAUCAAAGUUGAUCUCGAUCUUUACAUUCAAUCGAUUCGUCCAACAAGUGAUCAUUCGGUUCAAAGGAUAAACUUUUUGGUCACGAAAAGUUGGGAUGACUUUAGACUGCAAACGCCACGAAAUAUUGGUCCUUCUCGACGAAUCUCGCUUGAUCGACGUUGGAAAGACAUUCUUUGGAUUCCAAAUCUCUAUUUUGUCAACUCUGUUUCCGGCUCUGUAUCAUCCAAUGUCGACUCUUCCAUGUACAUUGCUCUCUCCAAUCGAACUCGCCUGCAACUUUUGGCCUUCAUCAGUUUAAACAUAGUUUGUUCCAACGAUUUUUCCAGUUAUCCAUUUGAUCAAUUGGAUUGUAACCUUGAAAUUGUGCCUCUAUCUGAAUCAGCUGAAACCGUGGUUUUGAGAUGGAAUUCCCUAUCAAUGAAUCGACUGGCCGAAGAGUCGAGUAAAUAUCGAAUUACAUAUUGGAAAGAAACGGAAUGUUCUGAAAAUCCAAUGAAAGGAAGCUCAUGCAUCAAGGCUAGUUUGAAGCUGGUUCGUCGAAUCGGAGGUCACUUGAUUUCCCAUUUUCUUCCUACCAUAUUAGCUGUUGGCCUUUCCUUUGGAGGCUUUUGGAUUCCCAUGACGGCCUAUUCAGCUCGCAUCAUCAUCAUUGUACUUUCAUUCACAAUCUUGUCCAUUCGCCAAUCAAUAACAGUGAUGAGCUUUCCUCAAACAGGCCUUUGGGCAAUCAAUGUUUGGUACACUCUUUGUACGCUCACCAUUUUCGCAUGUCUGGUUGAAUACAUUACAGCAAUCAAUGAAUCUCUUUACGCAAAACCCGGAGAAACAACUUCACCUUCAUGGUUAAGCUCCAAGUUUACCGAACUUCAGCCCAAAAUACUUAAAGAACUGUUGAAGCCAACCGACUCAAAUAACAUGGCUGACAUGAUCUCAAGGCUUGCCUUUCCGUCCAUAUUUUUCAUCAUAACAUUUUUAUAUUUACUUGUAUUUGCCAUUUAAAAGUGGGCGAACAACUGUUUUAAAAUCA